AUGGAUAGGGUCAGAAUCUUUCUGGAUCCAGAGGGCGAGCCGCUCAGGGGCCGCCAUUUGCCGGUGGAAGCACCGAUCGCCCCGGAAAGGGAACCCGAGGGGAGUGCUCGGCCUCAAGUCCUCCUCCGCCCGCGGCUCCCGCAGCAUCCCGGCUCCGCGCCCGCGCCGCCCCGGCGUCUCUGCGUCCUCCUCCAUUGUCAGCCCCGCGCCCAGCUCGGCACCCCGGAGGCCCUGGUCGCGCGCCCUCGGCCCUUGCGAGCCAGCGUCCCCCUCCCGGUUCCCUCGGCGCCCGGGCGCCUCCCUCCUCCCUCCCCCGCUCCCCGAGCUCCGCAUCCAGGGCUCCCGGCACCGCCAGCCUGGCCGCGGGACCCCGCAUUUCGGCAUCCUCCCUGCUUGGCCCAGGGUGCCCCGGCCCCUCGCCAGCGGCGGGCAUCGCGCGGCGUCUUCGGCAAACCCCCCUUUUAUCUCCCGAGGAAGCAAGUUGGGCAGAUCGAUUUAUUAAUUUCUGUGGCAGAGUGGAACCACAGGGCCAGUUCGCGGAGCUGUCGGCUGCGAGGACACCGCUUCCCUAGAGCCCGGCACGGAGGCCUUGUGGUCACCAGCCACAGGCUCCAGAUAGCUCGACCCACCUUUGCUGGGCGAAAGAGGUGUGGGCGUUCAUCUGCCCAUUACGGGAUGAGAAGGUGAACGAAAAAAAAAAAAAGCAAGCCACGUUGGAUGCAGCCCUGAUCUGAAAUUACCAAACACGUUACUGUGUCGCGCACGGCGCCGAAGGAACCGAGAAUUUAUUCUGGUGAUUCGCUAGUAGUGAUGGAGAUCCAGAUGUGCUUCCUGGUGGAUGAAGACCAUGUGCCCCGGCAUCAUUUAAAAAUUGGAUUGCGUUAAUUUGCCAUCUCCCGACGGUUAUUGAGGUUAAGCACAAAGAGAGUGUCUAAAGAAGCAAUUUUUUGUAUUAGUUUCUGGAAAAUUCAUUGUGAUGGCGGUGCAGUGGACAGUAUCAGGUGACACUGGGCGCGUGUAGUUGUUUGGUCCCUGAUGAAAAACCACGUUGUCUUUUGUACUGUGAACCCUGUCAAGGGCACAUGGCUCUAGGGCCAGUCACCGUAAGCAUUCAGUUGAAUGGACGGUCCAUGGUGCCUCAGAUUUUUUCCUGCAUGAAUCAGAGGACUCUGGGAGGAAACCUUUUGAUUUCUGCAAAAAAAAAAUAAAAAAUAAAAAAUAAAAAAUGUGAAGCCGA